GAGCCUCGUUUUUGUGUUUUAUCAUUUUAUACUGUGCCAGUGUUUCAGUGAGAAACAGGUCUGUUGGAAUAUCUGCAGAAUGGUUUUUGACAUUCUCUUGUUAAAAUUUGUGGAAAUUGAGCUCCCAGUGCCAUUCAAAUGUGUUGUUUUAUACAUCACUGAGUUUGAAGUGGGAGGUGUGGUGUAUUCAUAAUUGUCUCUGGUACAUUUGUUGUAUGGGCAGUAUGUGUUCGUUGUUUGAUUGUGUAAUUACGCGUUACGCACUGGCAAUGCAUGCCGGGAGAUGGUACGGCGUUGUACUCCUUGUGUCUUUAUCUUUGGCACUUUGUUCUCUAGGUGAUUGUACGCUAAUAACCUAUGAUAGAAACACGCUCCUGAAUCUUCGUUUCUCCUGUUCUCAACGACUGAACUGUUUUGGGACCGCGGGUGAUGCCAUUCCCCUGAUGCCCGUCUCUCCCACUCAUCUGACCGACUUACCUCUUCCCAUGCCCCGCAGGAUACGUCCCAGGAGACGGGGUAGAAGGAGUGGUGUCCGUGUCCGCUUCAAGGCUUAUAUCAGAGCCAUGGCUACGGAUUACCCCUCUACUAGCUGUGAAUUUUCUCGUUUCGUCCACCAUCUUGGUAGCCGCUUUGUGGCUAAACUGCUCAACCACCGUUGGAUAUGUCCCGUUGGCCCUCAGUCCUAUCCUGCCUGCCCAGUGGGCUUCCACUCUGCUCGUUCUUGGAUAUCACUGCCUGGCCGUGGUGUUCAACAAAACAACCUCAGUACCCUCAAACGAGCUACUACUAAGGACAGGACUCCUCGGACUCGUAUGGCCUUAUUUAAUGUUAGGUCUCUUUCUAAUAAGGCCUUCCUCUUAAAUGAUUUUUUUCUCUCCUCGGGUCUGGAUGUUUUAUUUUUGACUGAGACAUGGACCUCUCCGGGUGAGUUCAUCCCCUUCUCUGAACUUCUCCCUUCUGACUGUGCCUUUUUUAGCUCAUCGAGGCUUACUGGUAGAGGUGGUGACUUAGCCUCGGUUUUUAGAAAUAAACUUGAGGCACGGCUGCUACCCUCCCCAACCUAUUCUAGCUUUGAAGCUCAGCUAUUGGAAUUGACUGGCCCUCGAACUACUCUGUGUGUCGUGGCUUAUCGUCCGCCUAAAUAUCAUAAGAUGUUCAUCUCUGAAUUUGCUGAUUUUUUGGGUUCUAUUCUUUUUAAAUAUGAUUCUGUAGUUAUUUCUGGUGACUUCAAUAUUCAUGUUUGUUGUAUGGAUGACCACCUGUCUAAAGAUUUUUCUGCACUGACUGACUCUUUUAAUCUUACUCAGUGGGUAAAUGAACCUACUCAUGUUAAGGGUCACACCCUUGAUCUGGUUUUUUCAUUUAAUGUGGAUAUAUGCAUUAAGGAAAUUAGUAAUACUGGACUUUCUGAUCAUUCCCCGGUCAUCUUUGACGUUGACCUGGGUAUCACUGACCCUUACUUGGAGGUUCCUCUCCAUCCUACUCGGACUAUUAACGCCGAUACUGUGGUCAACUUCUCUACAUCUUUUGUUAAUUCUUCAUUUAAUAUGUCGGACUGUUUUAUCCCACACACACUUGAGAAUUUUACCAAUACUUUUUUAACUACAUGUUCCUCGAUUCUUAACACUGUUGCACCUAUCAAACACAAACGCCCCAGAACCUACUCGCAAUGCUGGUUAAACGACUCUGUCCGUGUUCUACGGCGUUUGUGCAGGCGCGAUGAGAGGAGGUGGAGGAAUGACAGACUCCAGUCAUCAUAUGACAUUUUACGUAUUAGCCGCUCGAAGUUCCAAUCUGCUGCCAGAAUGGCUAAAGCAGCCUUCUUCGCUAAGAUUAUUACUUCUAAUGGUGACAAUCCUCGCAUCCUAUUUAAAAUUUUUAACUCAGUGGUGAAUCCUCGUCCCUCUAUGCCACUUUCGUGCUCCCCAGGUCUCUGUGAAAAAUUUUCAAACUACUUUCUAGAUAAAGUUUUAUCUCUUAGAUCUACGCUUCCUUUGGUGGCUGACAGUAUGUCUAAUCCUGACUGUUCUGCUGCCUUACAUCAAUUUGAAUUAAUCUCACUUCCCACUCUGAAGCGUAUAACUGAGAAAUUAAACAAUACUAAUUGUGUACAUGAUGUUCUUCCAUCUCGUAUAGUCAAGGAUUGUUUUAAUGUAAUUGGACCCUGUCUAUUGUCUAUAUUGAACCUGUCCUUGCUUUCUGGUUAUGUACCUUCAGUUCUUAAACAUGCUUUUAUUCAACCCGUUUUAAAGAAGAAUAACCUGGAUCAUAGUGAUUUUGCCAACUAUAGACCGAUUUCCAAGCUUCCUUUCUUGGCUAAAAUCCUUGAGAAGGUGGUUCUACUUCAACUGCAGACCUACCUGGACGAGAAUAAUAUAAAUGAUAAAUUCCAAUCAGCCUUUAAACAACAUCAUAGCACUGAAUCAGCGCUGCUUCGUGUUUUUAAUGAUCUUUUACUUAUGGCUGAUAAUGGUCGUCCUUCUGUUUUAGUUCUAUUGGAUCUUUCAUCUGCAUUUGAUAUGGUUGACCAUAACAUCCUAGUCGCAAGAUUAGAGCACUCUGUUGGCAUUAAGGGCACUGCCUUGGACUGGUUCAAAUCUUACCUCUCCAAUCGGCUCUCUUCGGUACAUCUGGCCUCAUCUUCCUCUCCCCCUGUACCUGUUUGCUGUGGUGUCCCCCAGGGUUCUGUGUUAGGCCCGACCCUUUUCUCACUGUAUAUGCUUCCUUUAAGCGCUAUCUUUGAGAAAUACCACAUUGCUUUUCACUAUUAUGCGGAUGACAUCCAGAUUUAUUUUGAGUUAAAUGAUGAUCUCGCUUUAUCUUUAAAUAACUUUCGUGAGUGCAUGAGUGAGGUCAAGAAAUGGCUGUUGGCAAAUACUCUUAUUCUCAAUGAAAAAAAGACUGAAAUCAUGAUUUUUGGCAGUAAUGCCCUUCGCGCCAAACUUCAAGAUGCCUUUGGCUUUCUUACUAGUUCUUUCUCUGAUACUGUCAGGAAUCUGGGUGUCUUGUUUGACAGCUCCUUUAAACUUGAUAAACAGGUGUCUGCUGUUGUCAGAUCUAGUUUUUAUCAGCUUCGUCUUAUCUUAUCUCGCCUCUGUCAGUGCGCCCCAGGGUGGCUGUGGCUACAAUGUAGCUUGCCAUCACCAGUGUGUGAAUGUGUGCGUGAAUGGGUUGAUGACUGGAUAUGUAAAGCGCUUUGGGGUCCUUAGGGACUAGUAAAGCGCUAUAUAAAUACAGGCCAUUUACCAUUUAUUUACCAUCUCCAGGGCCAGACACUAUAUCCCGUAUAAUGACUUAGAAAAGCUCA